CAAUAACUUUCCAUGGGUUUUACAGAGAGAGGACAGGAGACCCUCUCCGUCAGCAACACCAAGAUCACGACCAGGAGAAGAACACGUUCAGCUGAGACCUUCAGGGGAGCAUUAUCUGACAAGGACUCACACUCUCUCUGCUAUGAGCUGCCUGUGAGGUUGUCAUGAGUAAUUGGGCUGAAGUCACCCUUGCUAGUAGAGGAAGAAGAAUUCAUCUGAGAUGUCUCAUGUUCGAUCGCCCCUAACUGAACCCUCAUCCUGGAAUAAUACUUAGCACCUGGUCAGGAAACAGCUGUGAGCUGUCUAUAACACAGUCCAGGGCCCCUCAAAACACUACACCGUUGAAGGGGAAAAACGAAUCACAGAUUAAUUGAGGAUAGUCGUGUCCAAAAGUUUCCUCUGUUUUAAGCACCGUAUGUGGUGUUACAGUACCUGGUGUGCCUACAGCAACAUUUGGAGCAGUCAUGAUGGAUGAACCCUCCACUGCUCCUCCACACACCUCCAUCCCACUAUAGAUGUGCCUUGACGGCAGAUGUGCCUCGAAGUCCCUCCCCUCUGACAUCACCCAUCCUCCUCCACACAGCUCUGUUCCAUCAGGUCUACAGCAUGUCUCGUACAGACUACAAACAUGGUUCCAUUCCUCAAAUGGACUACACAUAUGGCCCACCCUGCCCUAUGUAAGUUGAGAACUACAGGAAGAGACGCACAAUGCCCUGUUUGGACGAUGGGGAUAACAGCCGCAGAGGCCUGCCCAGUGUCCUAGAGUUGAGGCGGGUUCCUCUAUGGUCAUUGGGGCCCCUGAGGAGUGUCAGAAAGGUCAAGGUUAUCAGCUUCCUGCUAGGAUUAACGUUGACCUUCCUCAUCAUGGCGUCUUACAUCUUAACCUGGGAUAAAAAGGGUCUGAUGAUGUCCCUGUCACCGUUCCACCUCAGGACUAUAGUCAACCCAAGCAGCACCCUCCCCCAUAACCUGUCUUCUACCAAGGACUACGCCAACAUUAAGCUCCUGGUGAAGUGCAUUACAUCUAAGCUUGAGUUCAGCCCAAGGAAGCUGCCUCUUCUGAAGGACGUUGUCAAUACGGACUCUCAUUUGUUUUCCGUUAUUCCUCGUCAGUUCCUGCCCAAUAUCAAGAGUCCAUGCUGGUAUGAGGAGCUCUCUGGGAAAACCAAAGUGGAUCCUUACAGUAAAAACUUGUAUGCAGUUCGCUCUAAGAGUUUCCGGACUGUCUGUGACUACCUAAGGAAACAUUUCCAGGAACACUUGUACCACAGUGACGACAACAAGCAAUACCGCCUGCGCUGUCUGCCAUACUUCUACAUCAUUGGCCAGCCCAAAUGUGGCACAACGGACCUGUUUCACCGACUGCUGCUACACCCGGAGGUCAAGUUCACCACCAUGAAAGAGCCCCACUGGUGGACAAGGAAAAGGUUUGGUAUCAUCCAUCUUAAAGAUGGCCUCCUAGAACGCUUCCCUGUGGAGGAUUACCUGGACCUGUUUGAACUGGCUGCCUACCACAUCCAGGAGGGAAUACUGGGGAAUACCUCUGUAGACCACAGCCAGCGACACAUUAUUACAGGUGAAGCAAGCGCAUCCACAAUGUGGGACAACCAAGCCUGGAGCUAUCUCUAUAACUACCGGGCAGAUGGGGAGCCUCCUUUCCUGGCCCAGGACUUCAUCCACGCAGUUCAGCCCAACGCUAAAAUCAUUGUCAUGCUCAGAGACCCAGUAGAGAGGUUAUAUUCAGACUACCUGUACUUCAACAUGGCUAACAAGUCUGUGGAGGACUUUGACCUGAGGGUCUCAGAAUCCCUACAGCUGUUUGAGGCUUGUUUAGCAGAAAACUCUGUGCGUUCCUGUGUCUACAACACAAGCCUCUCCAAUGCCAUGACGGUCAGACUGAACCUAGGACUGUAUAGUGUCUUCCUGCUGGACUGGUUGACUGUCUUCCAUAGAGAUCAGAUCCUAGUCCUGCAGUUAGAAGAUUACGCUGCCAAUCUGAGACUCACCAUACGUAAAGUCUUUGACUUCCUAAAUGGCCUUUAUCUGAGCAGACGGAGACAGCUCUCACCAAGAGGCCCAUGUCCAACACACGGAGAGCAGCAGACAGGAGCCUGGGCCCCAUGCUGCCCAGCACCAGGGACCUCCUCAGGGAGUUCCACCAGCCAUUCAACCACAAACUGGCCACAAUCCUGGACAACAAGGUCUUCCACUGGACAGAGACAUAAGGAAUGGCUCCACCUCAGAUGGAUACAGACCUGAGGAAUAAGUACUGUACUAAAUCCCCCAUGGUCAUUUGAGUCCAAUGAGAUGAACUGUCAAGUGGGAUAAGCCAUGGGACAUGAAUUAAGUCACAAUGGGAGAACAUAUAGUCAGUAAAAUGUAUGAGGUGCUCCGAAGACCUGAGCAAUGCAUCUGUCUAGUGCUUGAAGUUUUUCCUUUUGUUAGCCUUUCGUGAUUAUGCAUUGACGGCGGUGCCCUUAUACUGUAUAUUGUAGAAUCGUUUGCUUUUUGUAGGAAAGACUCUUGGAAAAUGACUGGGGUAGAGCCUGGUGGACUACUCCCUCUAGUGGGAAAGCUUUGACACGACAAAUAUUGAGAGUAAAAAGAGAGCCUUCACAUGCUAAUGAUUGAUAAUUUUAAAAUACUGUUUGCCACUGGGUAUUUUACUCUCAAUCAUUGUGAAACCAUUAUGUAAAAAACAAUUUGGGAGCAAACAGCACAAUGGAUUUUAUCAUGAUGUUGCCUACAAUUUUCUUUAAAAACAAACAUGAAACACCCUGUCUUCAAAGCCAUACGCUGUUCUUUUUAACUACAUUCAAUUAAGUGACCACGUAGUCGUAACCUGCUUUUUUAAUGUGAAAUAUGUUGAUGCCAUUCUACACUGGCCUAGACUCACAAUGGACACAUCCUCACACCAGAGGGCAACAGAAGCACAGAGACACACUAUGGAAUCUCAUUUCCCGCCAAUGCAAGUCUAUCUUCUCACCAAAGACUGGCAAAUUUGUUUCUAACUUAUAUUUUCCAGUAGUUUUCUUGUUUGUACACGCUCUGCACAUGGACACAUUUUACGUACACUCAAGCAUCAAGCCUAACUUGCCUGACGGGCCGCCCCGAGGUGAUGAGGGUCGGCGACAACACAUUCGCAACGCUGACCCUCAACAUGGGGGACCCUUAGAGGUGCAUGCUUAGUCCCCUCCUGUACUCCCUGUUCACCCACGACUGUGUGGCUGCACACGACUCCAACACCAUCGUUACGUUUGCCGAUGAC